AUGCAGUAUUUGACUUCCUAUAACUGGGUCAGUGGAGAACACGAGAUCAUCGUUCCAGGUGAACCCCCAGCAUGGACGCCACUUUCUGAACCAACUCAGUUGCGUGAGGACUCCGGUGUCUACUUUCGUGAUUUAAACUCGGCACGGCAUCCCACAUAUCCGUUAGAGCCGAUGGUUCGAGCCGUACUGAUAGACAACCGGGAUUUUUGUGUCGAGGAUUUGGAUGUUGUGGGUUGUGGAAGCACACUGGGAAAUCUGCUGAGGUUCGCGUGCGGCAAGGGACCCGCAUUUAGAAUGCUUAUCGAGGUCAUUGGGGACACAGUCUUCUUCAGCAGAAGGGAAAAUUCACCCACCGAAACCAUCCAGAAUGUCCGAGGGUUUGGACACACUUUUCCAGAGGCAUACACAACGUGGGGUGAAAACAUUCGGAAUUCAGAGUCUCAUCAACGUCUUAUCACCUUUGACUUUGCCAACAUGAAAUGCUUAGUACGGUUUGAAUCUGACGGUUACCUUCCUGACUUAAUCCCAGAGCAUUUGAAGAUCCAGAAGGACCCUAUCUCCAACAAAGAUUAUGUGGGCCCUGAAGACAUCUUGUCAUCUAUGCAAGCAGCUACGAUAUCGACCGUUCACUCAGCCAUCCCUGAACAGGAACCAAGUCCACUCAGAAUCCUCAAGAGGGGUCGCUAUAUUCCACAAUGUGCAAUAUUUGACCUGAAAACACGUUCAGCUAGAAAAGCCGACUUCGACACCCUUUCAGAACAGAUGGGCCGGUUAUGGAUCAGACAGAUUCCUAACUUUGUGCUCGCUUACCACAGGUCCGGGAAGUUCGAUGAUAUCCGAGUUCAGGACGUGCGACAGGAAAUCAAACAGUGGGAGCAAUCUCAACAGCCGGAUUUACGGCGAUUUGCCUCUUUACUGCAGAUGAUUAUAUCCUUCGCCCGGAGCACGGAGGAUCGAAAACUUGAACUUGAGCAUGGUGAGGAUGAGAAAUUUCUCAAUCUGCGAAUUCCCGGUGGAGUUGCUCGCAGUGCAUUGCCGCCAGAUUUGGCAGAAAACUGGAAUGCACGUUUUAGCUCCGGUCUAGGUUCCUAG